GUGGCUGGGAGAUAGAGAACUGCUGCUGGAUGUGGCGCAUUUUUUUUUAAUAAACCAUGGGAAUUCAGGGAUUGCUACAGUUCCUAAAGGAAGCAUCAGAGCCAGUCCACGUGAAGAAGUAUAAAGGAAAAACAGUGGCAGUGGACACCUAUUGUUGGCUUCAUAAGGGUGCAUUUGCUUGUGCCGAAAAACUUGCCAAAGGGGAACCUACUGACCAGUAUGUUCAGUUCUGCAUGAAAUUAGUUCACAUGCUCCUCUCCUUUGGUGUCAAGCCUAUACUUGUUUUUGAUGGAUGCACGUUGCCUUCAAAAAAAGAUGUUGAAAAAGCGAGAAGAGAGAAACGACAGACUAAUUUGCAAAAGGGGAAACAGCUGCUUCGAGAAGGCAAAUUGGCUGAAGCCAGAGAAUGCUUUUCUCGCUCUGUUAACAUAACCAGCUCAAUGGCACAUGAAGUUAUCAAAGCUGCUCGCUCCGAAGGUGUUGACUACAUUGUGGCUCCUUAUGAAGCAGAUUCACAAUUGGCAUAUUUAAAUAAAAAUGACUUUGCUGAAGCUAUAAUUACAGAAGAUUCUGAUCUUUUAGCAUUUGGUUGCAAAAAGGUGCUUUUAAAAAUGGACAAAUUUGGCAAUGGUUUAGAAAUUGACCAGGCACGAUUUGGAAUGUGUAGGUCGCUUGGUGACGUAUUCACUGAAGAAAAAUUUCGCUACAUGUGCAUUCUCUCUGGCUGUGAUUAUCUUCCCUCCAUUCAUGGCAUUGGAUUAGCCAAAGCAUGUAAACUUCUGAAAGUUGCUAACAACCCCGACAUUACCAAGGUAAUUCAGAAGAUUGGGCAGUAUUUAAAGACAAAUAUAACUGUGCCUGAAGGAUACAUUGAAGGAUUUCUUCGUGCCAAUAAUACAUUUCUUUACCAGUUGGUCUUUGAUCCUGUGGAAAGAAAGCUAAUUCCAUUAAAUCCCUAUGGGAAUGAUGUUAAUCCAGAAGAAUUAAAUUAUGCUGGACCAAAUAUGGGAGACUCUGUUGCCCUUCAGAUCGCACUGGGAAAUAUGGAUAUAAACACCAGGAAACAAAUAGAUGACUACAAUCCUGACAUCCCUCAGCUCUCUCAUCAUAGGAGUCAAAGCUGGGACAAUAAGCAGUUAAAUCGAAAGACGGCACAUACAGAUAGCAUUUGGUAUACAAAAUCUGAGCCUUGUAAAACCACAAAGAUUGAAGAAAUACACAGCCCGAGGGGCUUAAUCCUUCCAAGCAAAAAGCACACAGUGAAAAGGUCUUAUGAAGAUGGAGUUUCUGAUACUGACUUAAUCAGCCAGUAUUCAUUUUCUAAAAACAAGAAAGCCAGACCAGACGGUGACGAUCCCAUGCAACAGGUUCCUGCUAGCACGAUGAUAUUACAGCCACUGGAUGACUGUGCAAACACCAAACCUAAAAAACCAAUACACCAACCUAAAACCAGGAAUGCAUUUGCUACGUUCCUGCAGAGGCAAAAGCAAGACUGCAGUUCAGUCUCUGCUACAGGAACCCGAAGCAGAUUUUUUUACAAGCCAGCAGAUGAAAAACCCCACUGUACAGAAAAAGAACAAAUUGUAUGUAAUGGCAGUGCUUUGGAUAUUGCCAAAGAAACCCAUGAGUUGACUGAAGAAUCAAGCAUAAAGACUGAAAAAGAGGAUUCUUUGUCUACCAUCUCAGAAGUGUGCAAACCGAACAAUCAACGAAUAUCUCCAUUGCAAAACCAAAGGAGUUGCUUCACUUGGUCUGGAUCGCUGGACAGUGAAAGUUCCCCUACUCCAAAACAAUCUCCCAUGUUGCUGUCACUCCAAAAAUUUCACAGAACAACUCCUUACAUGCAGAACGAAGCAGAGAACAAACCUAGUUGGCAGUCCAGCUGUAUCAAGUCCGAUACGGUGUCACAAAUCGAUUCAAAUGAAAAACUCUUGAAGAAACAGGAUAUAGAGGACACUGACUCAGAUGAACAUGCCAGUACCCCAGAGUCUCCAUGCCAGUUUACUAUGAAAGCCUCACCUGCUCACCAGUCUUUCUUUCCUGAACCUAAGGGCUCCGCUCCCAAAAGCAAGGUUCCUGGACUCCUUAAAUCACAAUCUGUAGUUUCUGGGCUCAGGACAAAAGUGAAACCAAGGGCACCAGCAAAAGUUAGCGGCUUGACAAACCGAAGCAAUACAAAAGCCACUCGAAAUAAUGAAAAUGUUCCAGGACUGCAAGCUACAAUUGGGGACCUUUGGAAAAACUUCAGCUAUAAGAAGUAACAGGCAUCAAUAGGAACCCCUCUUACAGUACAAUAUUUAUGAACCUGAAAGCUACAUUAUGGGCCUCACUGGAACAUUUGCCUCAACAGUUGGAUACCUUCUAACAUAGGGAAAACCGGCUGACAACAGUCAUUCUAUGAAAUGUGAUCACUCUAGUUCAGUAGUGAUAUAUGUAAUUGGGCGUUCCAGUUCCUACACAGGAAGUGGCAUACUGACCUCACAGGAAAUAGAAUAAUUUUUAUGAAAUAGUCAGACUGCCUUUUUCAGCUGUGAUCAUUGUGGUUAUCAAACCGUGGUGUUUAGAAAUACAGACUUAAAGGGAUCCUGUCAUCGGAAAACAUGUUUUUUUCAAAAGGCAUCAGUUAAUAGUGCUACUCCAGCAGAAUUCUGCACUGAAAUCCAUUUCUCAAAAGAGCAAACAGAUUUUUUUAUAUUCAAUUUUGAAAUCUGACAUGGGGCUAGACAUUUUGUCAAUUUCCCAGUUGCCCCUGGUCAUGUGACUUGUGCCUGCACUUUAGGAGAGAAAUGCUUUCUGGCAGGCUGCUGUUUUUCCUUCUCAAUGUAACUGAAUGUGUCUCAGUGAGACAUGGGUUUUUACUAUUGAAUGUUGUUCUUAGAUCUACCAGGCAGCUGUUAUCUUGUGUUAGGGAGCUGCUAUCUGGUUACCUUCCCAUUGUUCUUUUGUUUGGCUGCUGGGGGGGAAAGGGAGGGGGGUGAUAUCACUCCAACUUGCAGUACAGCAGUAAAGAGUGAUUAAAGUUUAUCAGAGCACAAGUCACAUGACUUGGGGCAGCUGGGAAAUUGACAAAAUUUCUAGCCCCAUGUCAGAUUUCAUGAUUUCAUAAUUGAAUAUAAAAAAAUCUGUUUGCUCUUUUGAGAAAUGGAUUUCAGUGCAGAAUUCUGCUGGAGCAGCACUAUUAACUGAUUCAUUUUGAAAAAAAAUUUUUCCCAUGACAGUAUCCUUUUAAGGCCAUUUUUGCUAGUAAUGCUAUUUCCUAUCAGAAGUUUUAAAAUGUCACUGUUCUGGUAGUUGGAAACGUUCUCCACAAUGUGGAUGUCUCUAUGAAUGUAUAUGUAUGCCUUCAAGGCCACAAGUUAGAUGAAUAGCUGCUCUGUGUUUUUAUACAUGGAAUCACAAAUACUGGUAGAAAUUCGUGUUGCUGUAUUGUAUCUGGAGAUUUUCAGCCUUCCUUUCACAAAGGCACACAGCGUGACAACUCCAAUUUGUAUCUGUUCUUUCAAGUGAAUGAGCACCUCAUUGGUCAUAACAGCGCACAUCCAAUAGGCCCUGUUGUUUUUCCAGAAUAAAUUGCAGAUAACUGCAUUUAACACAUGAUUGUUGAGUAGGUGUAAAUGCAGUAAAUAUUUUGAGGUUAAAUAAUAAAAGAUGCAAAAUUGUAUUUUCUUUAGGGGAAGGUCUAAUAAUCACCUAUAUCAACCAAUCAGUAGGUAGCAUUUAUUGGUCACUGGCAAACGGUUUAUUGGGUGCCAUAGGUUACUACACCAAGGCAAACGUCUUUUUAGUAUUUUAUUACAUCAGAUUUUGUCCCUAAGGGUGGUGGCAUACGCUAAGAUUCUGAGGAGAUUAGUCGCCCAUCGAUAAAUCUCCUCUUCUUUGGGCGACUAAUCUCCCUAAAUACCUUCCCUUUGGCAAGAAUGUGACUCGCCGGCAGGAUGGCAUACGUAGUGAUUCGUUUUCCGAAGUUGGCUUACAGGGAAACUUAAAAAAAACGGAAGCGAUCCGUGUGCCAUCCCGCCAGCGAUUCACAUCCACAGUGUUCAUACACAUGAUCAGCUUGCUUCCACACCCCUAUUUGCUGAACAUUUAGUACUGUACAUAUUCCUGCUUUUUUGGAGAUUCUGGCAUGGGAUAUGGCUAUAGGCUCAUUAGCUCAGAUUGUCAGAUAUCUAGCUGCUAUUCUGUCUGCUUUAUAAGAGGUUAAUCUGACAAACUACCAUGGUGAAAGUAAAUCCCAUUAACUUCCUCCUUCUCAUACUUUACUCUAGUCUUUGCUUUAUGGCCUUCUAUAACUGUAUCGCUGCUCUACCAUUGAUUUUUCUGUUUUGUAUAUAGAAUAUGUUUGUGUGAUCUUUUCAAUUGUACAUACUUUUAUAUGGUCUAUAAAAUAGCCUUGUUCUUUGCACAAAACUAAUAAAUCAUUUUUAGCAUUU